GUGUAUGGAUGAUGUUUUCGCCGAGUUGAGCCGAGAAGUUUUGUCUGGAAGUGGAACACCACUUAACAAAGCAUUUGCGAAGAUGGGCUUCAGGCCAACUUACAAGCAGGGUUUUGCUGAUGAUUAUAAUUACACGGUCAAGGAUUUUUCAUCUCACCGACGGAGUGAUUUUGGGUAAAAUCAUUGAGUUGGUGACUGGAUGUCCACCUGGCAGCCUCAUCUCUCGCCUACGCAAUCCAGGGGGAGACCGUUUGAGAAAAAUUGGCAAUGUAAAAGUGUGCUUGCAAACUGCUUGCGAUAGAGGAGUAGACCUAGGAGCGGUAAAGGCAGAAGCAAUUACGGGAGCAAACAAGGAAGCGAUUUUGAAGGUUCUAUGGAGGUUGGUGGGAGUAUACGUGGGAGCAGAUGAGGAGCGCGAUUUACGACGAGCAUCUCUAGCACUGGCUCAUCAAAAUAACAAAUUCAAUCUUGGCGCUGUUCCCGAUGACAUCAGUGGAGAACAAUUCGUUCUUCACAUAUGCAAGCAAAUAGAUAAUAUGGGCCAACUGCGACUGCAAUUUAAACUGUUCCACAAACCGUUGUUUGGUUGGAAAGGUUCAUUCUUUUACACCAGUGGGUGUGAAAUGAUUUACGAUAUAAGAUGA